UUGCUUGCGUUUCAAAUAAAAAGCGAAAGUGGUCUGCAUAUCAUCUGGCAACACCACAACGAAGUGUCAAUCGUCAGCUUUCUAUUACUGUCAACACGGUUUAUUGUUAUUUGGAAAAUAGUAACCGGGCCCGAUCGACUUAGAUCUGCACACCAUUCAAAUCAAUAUUUUUCGAAAAUAGUCGUCGAUUUUUGACCAGUUAAAAAUGGUUAUUAACGCCAGCACGUUGCGCACACAGCUCGCAUCGCUGACUAAUUUCAGUGGAACACAUCGAGAACAUGCUGACAAAUAUCGCGUGUUACUGGAAAGUAUUUUGUCAAACAACGAAGCUGAAUUAAUUGAUACGCUCAAAUUGUUUAUUGAAGCAAUUGUCAAUGAGCAUGUCAGUUUGGUGAUUUCACGUCAAUUGCUCACCGAUGUUGGUAACCAUUUGGUAUCGUUGCCGGAUCACGUAUCAAAGACAAUCUCACAUUUUACACUUGAUAAGGUGCAACCACGGGUUAUUUCAUUCGAAGAGCAAGUGGCAAAUAUUCGUCAGCAUUUGUCACAGAUUUACGAACGCGAAGAAAAUUGGCGAGAAGCGGCAAAUGUUUUGGUCGGCAUUCCACUCGAAACGGGUCAAAAACAAUACACAGUUGAUUACAAGUUGGAGACAUACUUGAAAAUUGCACGAUUGUAUUUGGAAGAUGAUGAUCCAAUUCAAGCGGAGGCGUACAUAAAUCGUGCAUCAUUGUUGCAAGGUGAAACCAAAAAGACGGAGCUUCAUAUUUUGUAUAAGGUGUGUUAUGCCCGUGUUUUGGACUAUCGUCGUAAAUUCAUUGAGGCGGCACAACGAUACAAUGAACUCUCCUAUCGCACCAUUAUCGAUGAAGGUGAACGUAUGACCGCUUUGAAAAAUGCACUGAUUUGUACAAUUCUGGCAUCGGCUGGCCAACAACGUUCCCGUAUGCUGGCAACGCUAUUCAAAGAUGAACGUUGUCAACAUUUGCCCGCCUACGGAAUUCUCGAGAAAAUGUACUUGGAUCGUAUCAUUCGACGAUCGGAACUACAGGAUUUCGAGGCCCUAUUGCAAGUGCAUCAAAAAGCAAGCACAUUGGAUGGCUCAUCGAUUUUAGAUCGUGCUGUUUUCGAACAUAAUCUAUUAUCGGCCAGUAAAUUGUACAAUAAUAUUACAUUUGAAGAAUUGGGCGCAUUGCUGGAAAUCGAUCCGAAAAAGGCCGAACGAAUUGCAUCACAAAUGUUGACCGAAGAACGAAUGAGCGGAUACAUUGACCAAAUCGAUGGAAUUGUACACUUUGAAACACGUGAAAUUCUACCGUUAUGGGAUAAACAAAUUCAGUCGAUUUGCUAUCAAGUAAAUGGUGUAAUCGAGAAAAUAAGCGCCGCCGAACCAGAAUGGAUGGCCAAAACACUCGAUGAAGAAAUGACACACUAAAAUCGAUCAAGUUGCUUUUUUGUUUGCUUUGAAAAAGUAACACAUUUAUUUAAGAUUAAUAUCCUCUGGAAAUUUCUAACGUUUAAUAAUUAUAAUAAAAAAAGAAUCGAUUACAAGAAAUAA